GGCGCCAAUGUAUGCCACGUGCGUUUGGAAUGGUGGUACCGGCCGAAUCUCUCAUUAGCCUAAGCUAGAUCAAGCUGAUAAGAAAUCGAGUCGCAUAUCUGCAAUCGAAUUGGUUCGUAGGGACAUGACAAAGGAAAGUCCAUCGAAGAAAGGGAUGAGGUAGCAGUGAAGCCUCAGGUGAAUCAUGUCGGCCCCACCCAAUGCGAAUCUCUCCAUCGGCGUGGGCCUAAAUCCUGGGAGUGCGCCGGUAAACUCGAAGAUUCAGCGCUUCAAUCUCGAAGUGUUCAUCCCAAGGAUUAUUGCAUCAUGCAUUGUCGUAGCUGUGGGAUCGGUGUCCUUCGUUGUGACAUGUAUCAUUAUUCUCAACCUUCUCACCAGUUCAUCAAGAUCUCCCAACAAGGCAUUCCCUAUCUUCACUUUAUCAGGAGGCCUUGGGAUCAUCCUUGUCACCUCAGUUCCUAUAUUCCUUGUACUGAUUCAUGCUAAAGUUAGCCAUGUCUUCCCUGCCACAAUGAGGAAACGUCGCAUUGAGCGACUGAAGACAGAGAUGGCGCCAGAGAAGAUUGGUUGUAUGGUCUUACAUACACUCAGCACCAUCCUACUCAUGCUGGGAAUGAUACUGCUUGGUCCAAGAGAGUUCAGUCAAGUCUCUGUGAUGUGCCAGAAUACCAGACGUUGUCUGAAUGGAUUCAUGGUCUUCCCAUUGCUGGUCGGGAUGUUCUUGAGUUGCCGCCUGACGUUCGCUCACUACUUUCGCAAUGGUGCCCUUGUGAACUAUCCCUGCAUCAAGCAGCACAGGUUUAUACAAGGAAAAUCUGCCUUUGCCUCAGCCCUCAGGAUGGCUUGGAGAUCUGCCCUAAGGGAUGUUCCUUUCUUUUGUCUCACCUUUGUGGUGUUGGGCAAUCAGUUUUCCAAGUGGCUGUCCCAAUAUGUGGAAUUGGGAUUUUCCUAUGAGCCAUUUUGGACAGACUGGCGUUUUUUCCUUUCCAUGCUCAUCUUUGCUGUUGUCCUUGUGACAGUUCAUGAGUUCUCCUGGGCAAUUUUCCAAAUUUUCAUCACUCAGCAUCAUGAGUUUGAAAUCUCCCAAGAGCUGGAUCCUCCCCUGUCAUUAUUGACUGCUCUGGAGGAUGAGAGUAAUCUACAGCUGAAUUACUUGGCACAUAUGGAUUUUUGCCAUUUGGCUCAACAUUCCCCACUUCGAAGGAAGAGUGUCUUUGCUCUCUCUCCCAUUGAAGGGGACCAAUCAGAGAAACGGUUGCUGUAUCAGCAACCACCUUCCUGGUGA